AAUCAUAAUUCACCCUGCAGAAUUGCUAAGUCAUUUAUAAGGACUGCUCUGGUUUCAAUAAAAGUGGAUGGGAGAACCUCAGGAUGCAAGUUAAUGAUACGUUUGGAUUUCAAAUAUAUAGAAACAUGACAUUUCAGAGGUCAGAACCACCAGAUUCUAGGGUUUUUUUCACUUACAGUGCAUCUUGCCAGAGAGGAGUGCUUUAUGUUUCAGAAUGUGCAGGUCCCAGUGUGUCCCCUCUGUCACACACCUAUCCCAGUGCAGAAGGGAGAAAUCCCAGAUAUUGUGGUUGGAGCCCACAUAGAUAAGGACUGCAAAUCCAAUCCAGCACAGCAGAAGAUCUUCACAAACAAAUGUGUAAAGCCAGGCUGCAAAAGGAAAGAGAUGAUGAAGUUGGUUUGUGAACAGUGUGGUGGCAGCUUCUGCAUAAAACAUCGGCAUCCUCUGGACCACGACUGCAAAGGGAGCAGCCAGCCCAUCUCCAAGGCAGGAUAUGCAGCUCUGAUGAGAGCAGCUCAUUCCACCUUCAAGUCCCCGGGAGCAACUGGAGUGCCAUCUAAUGGGAAUCGUCAGCACAACAGGUAUCAGCUGCACGGGGAGAAAAGACAAACUAAAACUGGGCUGGUGUCCACGCGGUGUAGCAGUGCCACUGUCACACCUCUGACUGCUCUAGAGCUGGUAGCUGACCUGUAAAUGGUUGGGAGUGCAGUAGAGGGGCUCUGACAGCACAGGUGCAGAUAGUAGAGGCUCUUCACAUCUGGAUCAAACCUUUAUUUUAAAGUUAAUUUUUUUUCUCUCUUUAAAUUUCUAUGCAAUUAAUUUAUUUUUGUAUUGUAAUUUUGUAUGCAUUCAAUAAACUGUUACCCUUUCUAAGCCAA